UCCUUCACACGCUCGGGCCCAUCUCGGGCAUUCAGUCUCGACGCUGCACGGACGGACGGACGGACGCAAUAUUACAGCACAAUCGACCACAACGACGAGGACGACGUGUUGCGAAUGUCGCAUUGGAUUUUCGCCAUCAAAGGCGGCCGUUGGUUGCUAGCACGCUCGGUCACGGUCUAGGCAGGCAGCAGAUAUAGGUGGAAAAGGGAAACGUUCGGCCAGACCUAGGGGAGGGAGUGGGAGCAAAAUUUAACUGCGCACGUGUGUCUGUGUGCAUGUGAAGUGAACAUCGUGAACGCGGAGCCUUCUUGUGGGUGUUUUGGCUAAAGCGAGGCCGACGGAAAAAGCGAAAAACCAAAAGUGAAAAAGCUCCGUCGCAAAAGCCCCCCUUUUUUCUAGGCAGGAUAACAUAACACGAAUGGGGCGUUGACGUGUGCGAAACCUCAAGAUCAAAGUGUGGAUAAUCUGUGAUAAUAAAUCGGUCCUGUCGGGAUUGGACCCUUGAUUCGAUGUUUGAUGUCGGGAAAGCAGGCGUGAAAAGUGCGUAAAAACUGUGUGUGUGAUAUCCAGUAGUAGACCAUACGGACGCCCCAGCUCCCAGCUGUGGUUAUUAUUACAUCGCCCUUGUCUGCCCUGAGAAACAGGAUGCCGACCGGAUGAUACUUCCUUGUUGGUAAAUGUUGCCCCCGCCGUCCCCGUACUUGGCACCGUGCCAUAUGACCAGUGCACCAGUGCACACGCCAAGUGCCCCGGGGAGCCCCACAGCAGCAGCAGCUAAUCGAUAUUCGAGCGGGUUCCGGUUGGCGAGCGAGUAGGAUAGAGCAGGACCGCUUGCAACACCAGCGGCCUCUCAUUUUCGUGCCGAAGCCAGUGGCUCACCAGCGGCACGAGGAGUUUCGGUGUCGGAAUUGACUCGUUUGUAUGGUCACAUAGAAAAGCAGAAAAACGGAGAGAUUAUCUUGGGAGUGCCAAAAACUGUGUGUGCGUGUGGAAAGUUUUGCGCGACUUCCGGUAAGACGGUUUGUCGAUUAUUUGUAGCUUAUCGUUGUCUGGCAGGAUUUUGUGACAAGAAAAAUCAAAACGCAUCCAGUCAUAAUCAAGGCGUUCAGGAGGUGUCCCCCUUAAGCUCGUGUGUCCCUGCGUGCGUGUGUGGUAUUGAUUCAACAGGACAAAAAAACACACACACACUCACUGUUCCGAGAUUUUCGGUCCUGAUUUGGAGUUAAGGACUUCAUCAGCAACAACACCCGACGGAACGGACGGACGACGCUACUAACCGUGUCAACUGGUCCGGUACCCAGUAGCCAGGCGUGUGACACAAGGCAUCCGCUCUGCGUUUAUUCCAGACAACUCCACCCCGGUGCGUCCCGAACUCGAAUGGCGUCACAGAAAAGCACCGCCUCCACCUCCACCACCACACCGGCGCUAGCGGUAACGAACCGUAUCCUGCGCUCGCCGUCGCACGAAAGCUUCUCCACCGACCUGUCCCUGAUAUCGAUUUCCGUGUCGUCCAUGAACUCGGAGGCGACCAGCGUACUGAACCGGUCCAGCUGCAGCCUGCUCAACCGCACGAUGGAGGAAAAGCUCGGCAGUCUGCUCAAUCCAAAGGAUAGCAAAAGGAAUCGUAGGUCCUCCACCCUGACCGAGCGCUGGAACGAAAGUAACGAUCUCAUCCGGAACUGUGCCACACUGUCGGCCGCACUGGGCAUCCACAAGAGCUUCAGCACGACCGACAUCUAUCAGCUGCCCUCCGAUCAGCACCAACUUGGCCGUCUGUCCUCGUCGGAGCUCGCGCUCACGCCCUUCCAGAAGGUCGGAUACCUUUUCGAUCACUCCCGGCUGGAGCAUGCGUCCCGCUCCUACUCGACCUGGGUAGCGGUCGGUGAGCUAGCGUCCACGUCGCAGCUUCCCUCCCCGCACGGUGGCCAAUCGGCCGGCCAGGUACCGACACUGACCACGACCAACCCGCCCGCACCGAGCUUCACCGUAACGGACCUGAUCAGCUCGGUCAACAAGAAGAUACGGCAGAACUACAUCCGCCGCCGGCUGUUCACGACCUACCGUGCGCUGGAGCGACUCUCCCAGAGCGAGUUCAACCUCGACCGGCUGGAGGCGGCCGCCUUUGCCGCCACCAAUCCGGGGCCAACCGAGCUGAUCGUACCCUCGACCAGCCUGUCCAAUGCGUCCGCCUCGCCCGUGGGUGGAAAAUCGACCAGCUCACCGGCACCACCGGGUGGUGGUGGUGUUGGUGAGGCACUCGCGGACCAUCCCGGUAAAAAGACAAGCGGAGGUGUUGCUCGCGGUGUACACCACGGUCCGAAGAAGCAUCUCACCUUCCACGACAUUGAGAACGAGCGGGGCAAACCACUUUCCAAGUACGAGCGGCACAUGCUGAUCUUCAACUGGCUGCACACCAUCGACGAUACGGCGCUCGAGAUCGAGAACUGAUCUCCGCAGGAGCUCCCGGGAGGAGGAGGAGGAAGAGGAGGACGCGACCCAAGUCUCUUCUGCACAAAAGAGUAAGAUUUAUUUACCCAUACUCACACAAAGAGAGGGAGAGAGAGAGAAGGAAGUAAAUGAGCCUAGAAUAAGUCCUCGUCCCCAUCAAGUUUGUCUCGUCCUGCUUUUACAAAGUGUCACAAAGUGCAUUCGGAGUUCGUGCGUGUGUUGUAGUUUACUUGAGGUUUAGCUGAUGUUUGGUGGAAUGGUCGUUACGAGUACUCUUCACUUCUGUAAGGGGAAAGCUUCUUCUCUUUUGGAAUACUUCUUAUUAACUGUGUUAUUUUCUACUAAUCAGUGUGCAAUCAAGGGAAUACCUCCAAUGUAGGAAAAACUACUUCUAUACGAUAUGUGAUGUCUUCUACGUAACGUAUUAAGUUAUAUUUGCUGUGUCUCUUAGGAUUUUAGUUGAUCGGUUCCAAGAGAACUAGUUUUUCUUUUUUCUAUUUUUAUAAAUUAAAGGCAAAAGUGUGUAGGUAUCUGCUUAACACUCUGGCCCUUUUUCGCCGCAAACACAACCAACUACAGUAAACGAGAAUCGUCCCCAAAAAAAUAUGAUGCCAAUUAAGCAGUUUAAAACGAUACAUAUAAAAUGUCUUCACAAGGACCGAAACCACGGGCGUAUCAUACACCCAGAAUACAUAUGUCUUCUUGAUGGUUAACGUUAAACACUCCCAAGACACUACCACAGUUACAGUAAAAACCAAUUAUAAAAAAAACUUAUCACUAAAAAAAGACAACCAAAACCAACCAAACAAAAACGGCAACCCGAACAACAGUAACGUAGAGUGUAGUAACCGUAACGCGCAGUAACGUAACGCUUACUAAGAGGGGUAACGCGCUUGUUCGCUCGCUUUAUAGCGUCGCUAAACGUGUCUGCAAUGCAGCAACAAAACAUUAACAAAUAAACGCAUCUAUUUUACGAAAAGGCUCCCUUUUCCACAUAUGAAUGUGCAUGUGUUUGCUGCUGAACAGUAAACGCAAAGCGAGCCAAAACCUUGUCACUGUUGAACGUACUAAAGUACUAUAGUAAAGGGUAUAGAGACGCGGGGGCCUGUGUAGUGUGAGCGCUCUGCAGGUCAUCGGUGUUAUCGGUUACAGUUUUCCCGUUGUUGCCAUCGAUGUUUUUACUUGUUGUGAAGGAUUACAGGUUCUCAGAUUUCCCCCCGUUCCCUUAAUCGUCCUAACUGCGUGGUGGAAGCAUGCACUAGACAUCCACUACCGCGCAGCAAUCCCCGCCACAUUUUGCAAUUUUUGCCAUCGUUUUUUUCCACAAACGAACCACACGUCGCUGGUGUUUUGAUACCGUACUUCUUUACAUUAAAUAGACUUUAAAAUCGAUUAGAUAGAGCAGAUUUCACAUUUUUGGAUAGUAGAAAGACGGCGGCGGCGGCAGCGGCAGGAGCGUCCGUGACAUGUUAAGUGGCUUUUUGCUUCAAAGUGGCAUAAUUUUAAACCUAACGAGGAACCAAUAAAAAUAAAAAUAUAAUAAACCAAUAUGGCCAAUAAUAGGCACAGCGAGUAUGACGAUGCAGCUUAAUUGUCGCGAAUUGAUGAUGUGAGGCAAAAUAGAAAGAAAGUAUUGGCGCGAUUAGUAUAGGAUUUGCUGCAUGAAAGCUAAACGAGAAAAAGCAUUACACACUAGGAAAAAAACUAGAAUGAAUAAGAGACAGUUUGGUCAAAAAGAGAGCGGAUGAGCUUAUGUUGGUUGUUCGCCUGGUGUCGUAAAUCGAACCCAUCCAUGUGAGCAUUAUUAAAUGUCGUAUUAUGCUGCAACAAGUUUUACAGGCUAUCGUAUUAAAAAAAAAACACACAAACAAACAAACAAAACUACCCUUACAAUACUGCAAAAAUACCAAUCGCGUACCCCGUGUAAAUAGGAAUCACUUAAAAA